AUGGCAGUGGAAAAUUUGAUUAAGAAAGGACAAGAUGCAAUAGAUGAAAAAGAUUAUUUAGGAGCUAUUCAAUUAUUAUCACAAGCUAUAAAAGAAAAUCCAAAGGCGUUUCAAGCAUUUCUUAAAAGAGCAACAGCUUAUCAAAAAUUGAAAAACUAUGAUGAAGCUAAAAAGGAUAUAUCUAAUGCAUUUACAAUUGCUAAUGAAAGAGGUAAAAGAUCAGAUAUUGGAUUUUGUUAUUUCAGAUUAGGAUUAGUUUAUUAUCAAUUAAAAAAUUUAAAAACUAGUUUAAUUCAAUUCCAAAAAGCUAAACAAUUUGAUUGUAAAGAAAGUACUUUAGAUAUGUGGUUAAAUAAAUGUGAAUAUGAUUUGAAAAAUCAUCCUGAAUGGAACGUGGAAGGUGAUGAUGACGAAUUAGACUUAAUUACAUCAGACGAACCAAAUAUUGAAGAUGAUGAAGAAGAGCUCAAAAAUAGACCAAAAAUUGAGGAGUUAGGUGAUGAUGAAGAAGUGGAUAAAGAAGGUAAAGUAAACAGCAAAUCAGUAGCAAACACAGUUUCAAAUAAAGAAUCAAAACCUGAAUCCAAUUUCAAAAAUAUUGCAUCAACAUCUGCAUCAACUACCAAGUCGACCAACAUUGAUGUCAUAAACAAAAUAGCUCCUUUAAACACAAAAAUUAGAGAAGAUUGGUAUCAAACUAAUAAUGAAGUCAUUAUAACCAUAUACGCCAAGAAUAUUCAAAAAGAUUCAUUAGAUAUCCAAUUUCAAAAAGAUUCAUUAUCUAUUUCAUUCCCAAACAAAUUAAAUAACUCAGAAUAUAAUUACAACUUAGACCCAUUAUUUGAUGGAAUUAAAACUGACGAAUCAUCUUUCAAAGUAUUUCAAACCAAAUUAGAAAUUUAUCUCAAAAAAGAAAAUCCAAUCAAAUGGUCAACUUUAGAAAAACCAGAAGAAACAUCAUCAACUUCUUUUUCAACUACUAAACCAACAUCUGAAACAAAAGAAGAUUCAACUCCAGCUUAUCCAACAAGUUCAAAAAAGAAAAUUAAUUGGAAUAAUUUUAAAAUUGAUGAUAAAGAUAUUGCAAAUCCUGGUGAUGGAGAUUUUUUUAAAACUCUCUAUAAAGAUAUGGAUGAUGAUCAAAGAAGAGCAAUGAUGAAAAGUUAUGUUCAAAGUAAUGGAACUAUUUUAACUACUAGUUGGGAAGAAGCUGCAAAAAAAGAAUUUGAAACUUCACCACCUGAAGGUAUGGUAGCCAAAAAAUGGAGCGAAUAG